UUCCUUGCCUGCCAGCGCCAUGGUGCCAAUCCCGGCUCCCCUGUGCCUGCUCUGCGCCCUCCUGAUGCUGCCCUCGGGGAUGCCGGAGACCUACGGGGGUCUUUCCCCUAAGCCCGUCUCGGAUCCGGGGGUGCAGGAAGCCGCCGCCUUCGCCGUGGAAGAAUACAACGCGCUCAACGCACACACCCACUAUUUCAAGGAAUUGCGCAUUGUGGAUGCCCAGGUCCAGGUAGUUUCAGGAUGGCUAUAUUAUCUGACAAUGGAGUUGGGGAAAACCAACUGUGAAAAGACCGGCAGCAACCGGAAGACGUAUAAAGAGAUCCAGAACUGUCAACUCUCUCCAAGGGCUCAGCAGGAGAAUCUGACUUGCCGCUUUGAAGUCUGGUCCCAUCCUUGGCUGAAAAAGACUGAGUUGACAGAGAUGAGCUGUAACUAAUCUGGACGGCUGGGAUGGACUUACGAGAUGACUCCAACACGGGCAAAUGAUUCCGAGUGUCUCCAGCGACCGAAAAACCUCCGGUGUUGCAAGCUGAAUUUACAAAGAAUCUUUGCUUUUUCCGUCAUGCAUGACCUUCCCAAACCAUGAGUUAAAAUGGUUUACUUAAGCCCCAUUUCACAUUUUCCACGACAUACGGUAUACACGGGGGUCUUUUCUUCUUCCUCAGUUUCCCCUUCUUUUCUCUCGCUUUCUUUGCUGUUAUAGAGAAGACAGAUCUAUAUUUUGGUGAGUUGGUUGUUAACUGGUCUUAAUAAAGCUAUCAGCACGA